UUUGCGAUCCAUCAUGGAGGAGGUAGUGUCCGUGGAGAAGAGCCCGGAGGAGAUGCCGGCCAUCCUGAGCUCCAGACCCCAGACGGGCCUGUCCUUCCUGGCCCCGGAACCAGAAGACCUGGAGGACCUCUACAGCCGAUACAAGAAGCUGCAGCAGGAGCUGGAGUUCCUGGAGGUGCAGGAGGAGUACAUCAAAGACGAGCAGAAGAACCUGAAGAAGGAGUUCCUCCAUGCCCAGGAGGAGGUGAAGCGGAUCCAGAGCAUCCCGCUGGUCAUUGGACAGUUCCUGGAGGCCGUGGACCAGAACACGGCCAUCGUGGGCUCCACCACAGGCUCGAACUACUACGUGCGGAUCCUGAGCACUAUCGACCGGGAGCUGCUGAAGCCCAACGCCUCAGUGGCUCUGCACAAACACAGCAACGCCCUGGUGGACGUCCUGCCGCCCGAGGCCGACAGCAGCAUCAUGAUGCUGACCUCCGACCAGAAGCCAGACGUCAUGUACGCCGACAUCGGAGGGAUGGACAUCCAGAAGCAGGAGGUCCGGGAGGCAGUGGAGCUGCCGCUCACACACUUUGAGCUCUACAAACAGAUCGGGAUCGACCCCCCCCGAGGCGUCCUCAUGUACGGCCCCCCCGGCUGCGGGAAGACCAUGUUGGCCAAAGCCGUGGCUCACCACACCACAGCGGCCUUCAUCCGGGUGGUGGGGUCGGAGUUCGUGCAGAAGUACCUGGGGGAGGGGCCCCGCAUGGUGCGGGACGUCUUCCGGCUGGCCAAGGAGAACGCCCCCGCCAUCAUCUUCAUCGACGAGAUCGACGCCAUCGCCACCAAGCGCUUCGAUGCCCAGACCGGCGCUGACAGGGAGGUUCAGAGGAUCCUGCUGGAGCUCCUCAAUCAGAUGGACGGCUUCGACCAGAACGUCAACGUCAAGGUGAUCAUGGCGACCAACCGGGCCGACACCCUGGACCCGGCCCUGCUGCGGCCCGGGCGCCUGGACCGCAAGAUCGAGUUCCCGCUGCCGGACCGGCGCCAGAAGCGUCUCAUCUUCUCCACCAUCACCAGCAAGAUGAACCUGUCUGAGGAGGUGGACCUGGAGGACUAUGUGGCCCGACCGGACAAGAUCUCUGGAGCCGACAUCAACUCCAUCUGCCAGGAGGCCGGCAUGCUGGCGGUGCGGGAGAACCGCUACAUCGUUCUGGCCAAAGACUUCGAGAAGGCGUACAAGACGGUGAUCAAGAAGGACGAGCAGGAGCACGAGUUCUACAAGUAGAGAGGCCCCGCCCCCUCCGGCGACCCCACCUGACCUCACCUGCAUCCCAGUGUGUGGGGCCCCCGGAGCCCCGGCGUGGGUCGGUCUGCUGGAUGUUUGUUUCAACAGGUUCUAAACUCCAAUAAAGGCUUUUUGUGUUUUGUAACGAGCCGA